GACUCAAUCACUGGAAUCGUCAACUCUGCCAAUUUAUAUGCACAUUUCUCUUCCAAUAUGAGCAGACCAAUUGGGCUGCACAUCUGCCUGGCUUUCUGUAGCCUUCUGUUCCUCAACUUUGCCGCACAAUGUCUGGCAUUCCCAGAAGUGGAGAGCAGGGAGACAGCGCAUGCUUAUGCAGGAAAAGGGCCGUCUGAGAGGUCGAACGCAGAGGAUGCAGCAAGCAGCUCCGUCGCUCCGAAGCAAACGCCCCAACAGAUGUUCUCUGAAGACCCUCUGGUUCUGUCAACGGGACCUACAGUGAUGCCAUUGGCUAACGCGUUCUCCACUAGUGAAGAAAGCCAUCUUACAGGGGCGAGGUUCUCGCAGCCUAGCGGCCCUGGUCUUCAUGCAGCCAUGGAGCCAGCGGGCACAUCCAAUGAAGAAGUGCCUGCUUCCAGCCAGCCAGAGAGAUUGUCCCCUGAACGCCGAUAUUCCAAGGCCAUGUUAACCCUUGCUGUCAGUGCACCUCCUCCGAAUCCCGACGAGGAAGGGCCCUUUAGCAGUUCCAGCAUCCAACCCCUUGCAGAAGGGACCACGGCAGCAACACAAGGCUUCCUGGAGUACGUGGAUGAUCAGGUGUUUGCGACGGGGAGUCAGGAAGGAGUUAGCUUGGGUCAUUCGCCUUCAUCCUACCUAAAUACCAAAGAAAUGCUAACCACCAAUCCAGGGACUGAGGAAACAGACGUAGAGGCAGCCCAGAGCACUCCUUUUCCUGGGGUUGAUCCCAUGGCAGACACAGAGCCUGAUGGGGUGCAGCCCUCUCAGUCGACAGCUGAUAUUGACCAGGCCACCAUUGCCAAACACUUGCUGGCAACUUCCGAGUACUCGCUGAGUGUUGAGCCAGAAACUGGCAGCCGGCUGGGGACCCCAGAAGCCAUAGUGAGUGUCAGCACAGCUGUUCCAGCUGCCUCUGGUGUGAGUGAUGAGUGGGAUGACACGAAACUACAGAGUGAAAGCUGGAUAAGGUCCCCAGGGCCGGGGGACACCCCAGAGACUCAGGUGAGAGGAGAACCGCCCACGACAACACAUGAGAGCCUUGAGGGGACCAAAGGGGGCCUGUCUGCCACAGAGACUUCAGAGGUGGCUCCAGGGCUGCAUGAAGGGGAGACACAUGUGGGAAUGGCUCUUCUAGUCACACAAGGGGGUGAUAGCUCGCCCACCUUCACCCAUCAGAGUUCCUUCACUCCCACAAGUCUGAUGGAAGACACCGAGGUUUCCACUGCGAGCCUGCUCCAAAGUGCAGGAGCCUCAGCAGCAUCCACCCAUGACGACAGGGCCACGUUUUUCUCAGAGACUACUGCUCCUGUCUCUGAAUAUGAGGCUGACGAAUAUCAAUCGUUGGGAGUUUCACUGAAAGGUAAGAGAAGAAAAGAAAGACUAAAACAACAACAUUACCACCACCACUACAAUAAUAAUAAUAAUAAAUCACCAAAGGGAGAAGAUGAGGAUGAGGAGGAUGAAGAAGAUGAAGAUGAGGAAGAAGAAGAUGAGGAGGAAGAUGAGGAAGAUAAAGAUACAGAUGCUCUGGAUGACAGCUUCGAUGGUGACACAGAGCUCCCAGGGUUUACCGUCCCUGGAGUGACAUCCCAGGAACCCGGUGUAGAGUCGGGAAACAUAGAUGCGUUGGAAGGAGCCACCUACCAGGUGCCAGACGCCAUUGAGUGGGAGCAGCAGAAUCAGGGUCUGGUGAGAAGCUGGAUGGAAAAGCUAAAAGACAAGGCCGGCUACAUGUCUGGAAUGCUGGUGCCCGUCGGGGUUGGCAUAGCAGGUGCCCUGUUCAUCUUGGCAGCACUCUACAGCAUUAAAGUGAUGAAUCGCCGAAGAAGAAACGGCUUCAAAAGGCAUAAAAGAAAGCAGAGAGAAUUCAACAGCAUGCAAGAUCGAGUGAUGCUCUUGGCUGACAGCUCUGAAGAUGAAUUUUGAAUUGGACUUGGGGCUAAUUGGGAUAGUCAAUGAUAUUUUAUUUUUCUUUUGGGACAAAAAGCAAGAAAGGAAGAAAAGAAAAGAAAAGAAAAGAACACUAUCUUGCCACCUUGCUACUACCAGGCCUUCGGUCCGGUCCUAGCAUCUGUUGGAUAGUAGGUUUUUCUUGCACGGACCAGAAGAGGCAUGCUGUAAACUAAAUGUAACACACAGUGUUCGGCCAUUCUGUAGUGAGCGUCCCCUCACCAUGGGCUGUCAUUUAGAAACACACAACACAUGUGUUGUCCAGUAGGAAUAGCUGAGUUAGGCACAGUAAAUAUUUUGUACUUUU